UUCGUGCAGGUCCAUGAUCAUAGCGUGCGGAAUCUGGUGAUCGACGAAGGCCGCCUCUGGCCGAACAAAACUGUUUUCUACGAGUUUGCCGAAGACGAAUAUCAUCCGAUGGAGCAAAUGUGGAUCGAACAGGCAAUCAAAUCAUUGCAAAAACUUACUUGUGUGCAAAUCAAGAAAAGGGUUGACGAGGAAAACUACUUGCACAUCCAGAAUAAUAAGGGUUGUGCGGCUCCGGUUGGUUUCUAUCCGCUGGGCAAAGUCGAAAUGUUCCUGCAGCUGCCGCUCUGCAUCAAGUGGGGAACAAUUCAGCAUGAGUUUUUGCACUCGCUCGGUUUCUGGCACGAGCACACCCGUCCCGACCGGGACAGGUACGUGUCCGUGCAGUGGGACAACAUUGUGAGCGGCGCCGAGACCAACUUCCUCAGCAGGUCGGCGUCCGAGGCGCACCUGGAGAACAUGCCCUACGACUACGAAAGCGUCAUGCACUACAAACACACGGCGUUUUCCAAGGAUUUGACAAGACCAACUUUGGUCCCUCGCAAAGCGGGGGUCGAAAUUGGUCAGCGGAUUAAAGUCAGCAAAAUUGACGUUGCCAAAUUGAAUCGACUCUAUGAGUGCGGAAGAGAAUUUUAUCGCGGAGAUGAGUUGGUGGAAGAGUUUGUGACACCUGAAACUGUUUCAACAACGCAUACAUCUGGAGAUUCCAAUUCUGUUUGAAAUUGCAAAAGAUAUUAAUGUGACAAAAUUUCUGAAAAAAAAAUUAAUGCAUCAGUAUUCUUGAUCAUUUUUAAAAAAAUAUUUAUAGAGAGAAGGUAUUCAUAAUUUCAUACAAAUUGAUUUGUAUCUUUUCUAUUGCUAAAAGGGUUGCAUAAAUUUUAUGCAAAGCUAAAUUUAAAAUUCAAAGCAUACAAAUUUUGUUGGUAGUUUUUUUCAUAACGAAUUUUUAAUUUGGUCUGUUUUUGAACUUGAACUAAAUAUGUAGUCACGAAAAGAGUUUUUAAAUCAAUACUGUUUUUUUUUUCUAAUUAAUCUAGAUGGCAGAAUUUGGUAAUAACCUUGUCCUAUUAAAUCGAUUUUUCACUGUCACUAAUUUGAAUAAUUAAUUGAAAUGUCUUUUCCUUUCAAUUGAGCAAUCUUUCCUUCCAGAGCGAGUUACUUUUACAAAUGCGGAAGUGUUUUUUGCUCUAAUGCGCCGCGUCCACCGACUCAUGUUUGUCCACCGAGUGGCAGGUCCGGAAAAAUGGACGGGUCAUUAUCUCGUGACACCAAGCGUGUCAAUUUUCAGAGCGUGACGUCACCGCGGCGGCGAGUAAACAUUAUUGACCCAGCUGACUAACCCCUCAUUUCACUGUCACCUUCUGAGAAAAGCGCCGAAAAUUAAUAAUUGAUUAAUAAUAUGCAGUUUUUU